AUGACUUCUGCACCAUCCGAUGUUCCUGACGCUCACACAUUUUACAAUAAUCCGCAACAGCAAGGCUUAAAGGAACGUGAUGAAAGUAGAAUUUUGUAUAUGCGCAAUUUCAACAAUUGGAUCAAAAGUACAUUAAUAAAUGAAUAUUUACAACGACUUAAAAAUGAACAACCGGAACGGAGUAAUGAAAUACACGUAUUUGAUAUGGGUUGCGGUAAAGGUGGAGAUCAAUUAAAAUGGCAAAGUGCUCGUGUACGUUUCGUUACUUUUGCUGAUCUGACUGAGAACUCAGUUGAAGUUUGUAAACAGCGUUACAACGAAAGAAAGAACCAUAGCAGUUAUAAAGCAGAUUUCUAUACAUUGGAUUGUACUAAAGAACUGAUCCAAGAAAAACUGGGAAGUAGUAAACCAUGUUUCGAUCUCGUUAGUAGUCAAUUUGUUCUUCAUUAUUCAUUCGAUAAAAUCGAAUCAGCUGAUCGAUUUUUACGCAAUGCUGCUGAAUUAUUACGUGUAGGAGGAUAUUUCAUUGGCACAACGGUGAAUUCAUGUCAGUUAGUUCAACAAUGUCGUGCCGCGGAGAGUCAACAAAUUUCCAACGAUGUAUACAGUAUACAUUUUGAUCCUUCUGUCGAUCUGAGUGAAAAAACUGGUGAAGGUAUUCCUUUGUUUGGUGCAAAAUAUCACUUCAAUCUUCAUCAAGUUGUUGAUUGUCCUGAAUAUCUUGUUUACUUCCCUUUACUCGAAAAAUUGGCACAUAAACAUGGUUUAGAACUAGUUGAUCGCCAGACGUUCAAAGAUUAUUUUGACAAUAACAAAUAUUCUGGAGAAGCUCGUAACCUGCUUGCAAGAAUGAAAGCUUUAGAAUACUAUGAACUUCCAUCAGACAGGCCGGAUAAUAACCGAGGACUGCCAAUUAAUCAUAAUCAAUACAGACAUGCUGCGAAGUAUAUCAACGAAAGAAAUAGAGAAAAUCGACAUCCUAUUCGAUCUUGCCGAACUCUAUCUGAACAAGAGUGGGAAAUUACAAGACUUUACAUCAUAUUUGCCUUCAAAAAGACACGUUAUAUCAAAUAUGACGAUGACAAACUUCCAAGUCAAUAA